GAUGGGGAAAAGCUUGUCUUCCCCAGGUUUGAUAGUCAGAAUGCAGGGCGAACUCCCUUCUAGCAAGGGUCUGCGAGCACCUCGUCCCUUGUAAGGGCUUGUACUGUGUAUCUGGUGCUAUCUCAACAACCAUGUACACGUGUAUUCCGGCGAGCCUUCAUUAAAGGCGCAUCGAGGUCGUCUUCCGGCGGCAUACUUAACACCCUUUGCGCUCCUUGUCUCUUCCUAUUUCCACAGUCACUAUCAUCACCAUUACAACCAUCGCCACUACCCCUAGCCAACAAGCACAGCAAGAACCCUCUUUUCUGUCCCACAUGCAAGCCAAGAUGGACGACAGGAUCGCCAGGACCAGGUCGGGGGUCACUGACUGUGGUGACUCGGAGAUGGGCAAGGGCAAGGUGGAAAACAUCGAGGACAACAUCCUCAUGGCCCAAGGCCACAUUCCCGUCUUGAACCGGACAUUCAACAUCCUGGGAACACUGGGGCUCGGGUUUAGCAUCACCAACUCGUGGCUCUCCUACGCCAGCUGCUUCGGACAGAGCAUGAUCUACGGCGGACCGCAGACAACCGUCUUCGGGCUGAUCGUGGCAUGUGCAGCGCAGUGGCUCAUCACCCUCGGCCUCGCGGAGGAGGCAUCGGCUUUUCCAUCAUCAGGCGGGCAAUACCACUUCACCAGCGUCUUAGCUCCGCAGAGAUUCCGGCGGUUCGCUGCCUUUGCGGUGGGAGUGCUUAGCAUCGUCGGGUGGUGGGUGAUUACCUGCUCGGGCAUCUCGAACAACGUCCAGUCCAUCCUCGGCAUGGUGACUUUUGCCAAUUCCGACUACGAGGCCAAGCAGUGGCAUUCGUACUUGCUGUACGUGGCACUCAUCGGCAUCACCUUGAUCCCAAUCUUCACCAUCCCGCAACGGCACCUCGGCAAGUGGACGCAGCUGUGCCUGGCCCUGUCCAUCCUGGGUUUCAUCGUCGUCACAGUCGUAAUCCUGGCCAUGUGCGACGAGUUCAACCCGGCCAGUACCCUCCUGCGCUUCGACGGCAACAGCGGCUGGCCCAAGGGGGUUGCCUGGCUCAUGAGCAUUGGCAACUCCAUGUACGCCUUCGCCAGCCUCGACGCCGUCAUCCACGUCGCCGAGGAGAUGCACCAUCCCGGAAAGGAGAUCCCGCGGGUCAUGAAUCUCACAAUGAUCAUCGGCCUUCUGACCUCUCUACCGUUCAUCAUCGCCAUGAUGUUCGUCAUCAAGGACAUUGAUGCCGUCAGAUCAGCCCCGCUGCCAAGUCUGGAGGCCUUCUACCAGGCUACCGGGAGCAGGACAACCGCCCUGGCCCUGCAAGGCAUCCUUACUAUUCUCUUCUUCACAUGCAUGCCGAGCCAGUGGAUCACUUGCGGCCGCUUGACCUGGGCCUUCUCACGAGACAACGGCCUUCCCCUCUCCAAGUACUGGACCCACAUCCACACCAAGCUGCAGUUCCCGGUGCGCACGACCAUGCUCUCGGUGGGCGUGUGCGUGGUGUACGGCCUGCUGUACAUUGCCAGCAGCCAGGCGUUCAACUCCAUCAUCACGGCGGCCGUGCUGGGGGUCAACAUCUCGUACGUCGUGCCGCAGGCCAUCACGCUGUUCCACGGCCGCGAGAGCAGGCUGCCCACACGGCCCUUCAACCUGGGACGGUUCGGCUACAUCUGCAACGCCUGGUCCCUGGCCUGGAUCACCCUGAUCGGCGUCUUCAUCUGCUUCCCCAACGAGCUGCCCGUCGCGGCCUCGUCCAUGAACUAUGUCUCCGUUGUUCUGGGUUUCGUUUGUGUUCUCCUAUUCGCGCUGUGGUGGUUUGUCCGCAAGCAGUUCAGCGGUCCGCAGAUCGACCGGGAGAUGUUGAACCUCCAGUACGAGGUCGAGACUUGAGGCUGGUUUGCGAGUGUGGCUAAGGAUCUGCGCAGAGCAUGUUCCGUAUUAAGUCAAGUGUUGGAGUAGCGUGGAGGGGUGGGGUUGAAUGUGAAAGAAGAUGGCAGGCGCCAGGAAGAUUGAUUCUACUGCGGUCUUUUUCUCUCUGCAGUAGUGUAACGUAAUUAGAUCUUACAAUAUCGUCCGUGAGUUGCAAUGGUCCAUGGUAGAAAUGAGAAGAC